AUGGGGCUUAUAAACAGUAGUAGCUGGUUUCAGCCACACCUUCUCCUUUUAACAGGCAUCCCUGGACUGGAGUCUGUACAAAUAUGGAUCUCUAUCCCACUGUGUGUCAUGUACCUCACUGCCAUCCUAGGAAACUCCACCAUCCUCCUUAUCAUCAAAACCACCUCCAGCCUUCAUGAGCCUCAGUACAUCUUUCUGUCCAUGUUGGCAGCUACAGAUCUGGGUCUGUCUUUGUCAACUCUACCUACAGUACUCAAUGUCUUCCUCCUGGAUCACAGGGAGAUUGAGUUCCAUUCUUGCCUGACACAGAUGUUCUUCAUCCACUUCUUCUCCUGCAUGGAAUCAGCCAUCCUGUUGGCCAUGGCCUUUGACCGGUUUGUAGCUAUUCGCAACCCACUGCACUAUACCAUGGUUUUAACGCCUGCUAAGAUUACUCGGAUGGGGCUUACAGGUGUGGUUAGGGGUGUGAUGUUGAUGGUACCCUUGCCAAUCCUCCUCAAGCGACUGCCCUUCUGCAAAGAUGUCAUUCUAUCCCACUGUUACUGCUACCACCCUGAUGUGAUGAAGCUGGCAUGUGGCCCUGUCAGAGUCAACAUGAUCUAUGGAUUGUCCCUUGUCAUCUGCUCCUUUGGAAUUGACUCUGUGUUCAUUUUCAUUUCAUACAUCUUGAUUUUGAAAACAGUGCUGGGUAUUGCCUCAAAAAGUAGUCCUCUCAAGGCACUUAAUACCUGUUUUUCCCACAUCUUCACUGUCUUUAUUUUCUAUGUGCCGCUCAUUGUGCUGACCCUAAUUCAUAGGUUUGGUAAAUUCACAUCUCCUCUUCUCCAUGUCACCAUGGCCAAUCUCUUUCUCUUCUUGACUCCUGUCCUAAAUCCAUUAGUUUACAGCCUGAAAACCAAACCGAUAAGGUUAGCAGUACUUAAGGUAAUCAAGGGCAGAGGUAACUUGCUCAACUAA